UCUCUCUGUCUCUCUCUUAUCAAGAGAACCUAACUAUAAGUAUAAUACAUCUAUAUAUCUACGUAUAGAUAUAGAUAGAUAAGAGGUGGUAACAAGAGAGAGAGAGUGCUUUCUCCAGGGUCGCUGUGGUGAUGCCCUGGUUAUGGUUAAGCGUGAGUAGUGGUGAGGUAAGUGGAGAGAGAGGGAAGAAGAAAAGAGGAGGACAGCCGUUUUCCUCGUCAUCGUGGUGGAUCAAGCGUUCGUUCAUCGAACGAACGUCUGACACCCUUUUUCAUCGAGGAAGAAGAGGAGGAGGUGGAAGAAAAAGAAGGUGGUGGUAGUGAAAGGGGUAGUGAUAAAGCAAAGAAGAGGAAGAAGAAGAGGAGGAAGAAAAAGAAAACAAAAAAAAGAGAAAAAGGAAACGAAAAGGAUUAAAAAAAAAAAUUAAUAAACAAAUAUAUAUAUAUAUAUAUAUAUAUAUAUAUAUAUAUAUAUAUAUAUAUAAUUGCACAUAUAUAGUUGCGUGGAACGGAAGAAAAAUUGAGCGAUUCGUUCGCUCGAAUUAUGGUGUGCCAUCAUAAUCAUCAUUGUCAUAUGGGCCUCCUAAGGGCCAGCAGCCACCGUAGCUGGGCCUUUGGGAGGCGAGGAGACCAAGUACCGUCGGUACUACGCGUUUUCCUCUUGAUAUUGGCACUUUGGAUGCCGGUAUUUGACAACGGUGCUCUUGUACUCGCCUGCGGACCCGGCAGAGGCGCCGGAAGACGUCUUGGUCCGAAGAAGGUCACGCCUCUUGUCUUUAAACAGCACGUGCCCAACGUCAGCGAAAACACGCUACCGGCAAGUGGACUCAGCGAUGGACGUGUGUCAAGACACGAUCCAAGAUUUCGUGAUCUUGUGCCAAACUAUAAUGCCGAUAUCAUUUUCAAGGACGAGGAGGGUACCGGUGCCGAUAGAUUCAUGACGCAGAGGUGCAAGGAGAAAUUGAACACCCUAGCAAUCUCGGUAAUGAACCAAUGGCCCGGAGUGAAGCUGAGAGUAACAGAGGGCUGGGACGAGGAGGGAAAACAUGCAACCGAUUCUCUUCAUUACGAAGGACGAGCCGUUGACGUGACGACGAGUGAUCGCGAUCGAUCGAAGUACGGAAUGUUGGCGAGACUCGCAGUCGAAGCUGGUUUUGAUUGGGUUUAUUACGAGUCCAGAUCCCAUAUACAUUGUUCCGUUAAAUCUGAAUCAUCAUCAGCAGGCAAGUCGGGUGGCUGUUUCCCUGGGAAAAGUUACGUCAGAACGGAGAACGGUCGACGGAAGAGGGUGGACGAGAUCGAAUUAGGCGAACGCAUAGCUGCCAUGAAUUCUCAGGGCGAAUUGAUCUACAGCGAGGUGAUAGCUUUCUUGGAUAGGUCGCCAACGGAGAGACGGCAAUUUGUUAGACUUAUUACGGAAUCUGGACGAGUGUUGACCUUGACCCCAGCACAUUUGGUACCGAUUAAGGAUAAAUCGACGAUAUUUGCUGCGAGGGUACGAAUAGGGGAUAAAAUUCUUGUGGCCGAGAAGAAAGAGGAUCCUACGUUUUCCAUAAUGGAUAAUAUAUUGAACAAUGAAGUGUAUUCGCGUGAUCAACGUCUUCGUUGGGAUCGAGUGAUCGAAACGAGAUUGAUCCUUGAGAAGGGUGUUUUUGCGCCGCUUACAAUGGAAGGAACAUUAUUGGUCGACGACGUCAUAGCAUCUUGUUAUGCCGUAAUUGAUAGUCAAGCUUUGGCACAUUAUUCCUUUUAUCCUUUGCGAAUUUGGAAGAAUUUAGAAUCGUUCUUCGUUCGAAGAUCAUAUUCGUUUAAAGAUACGAUCGACGUAGAUCGGCCAAUUAUCAGGCAAGAAAGGACUAAUAACGAGACAAUGAAUAUCGAUCGUAAUGUAAAAGACGAGAAGUACAACGGAGUACAUUGGUACGCAUCGUUUUUAUAUAAUUUUGCCUCUUCUUUUUUACCACGUAACAUGCUUUACAAUUAAUUAUGACAAUUGUUCAACAUGUCGAAGGAUAGAAGAGGAAAAACAAAUAAAAGGUUGUCCCUUUUUUCUCUUAUAAGAUUGUUAAUCCUUUGAUUGAAAUCAACAAUACUUUGCUUUAUUAUCUCUCUCCUCUCGUGUGUUUUUCCAAGGACACGCUUAUAUCUAAUCUCACUCUCUCUCUCUCUCCCUUUCUCUCUCUAUAUAUAUAGAGAGAGAGAAAAGGAGAGAGAGAGAGAGAGAGAGAGAGAGAGAUAGAUAGAGAGAUAGAGAGAGAGAGAGAGAGAGAGAGAGAGAGAGAGAAAGACUAUGUCUUUUAUCUUGUUGGAUAGUGUUUGAAUUGGACAGUGAUAUUUCUAUCCGGUUUAACGAGAGUGACGUAAAGUAUAUUAAACUUUUAGAAAAAUAAUAAAAAGAACGCGAAAGCUUUAGAAAGAUAUCAAAGCUUUUUCAUCGUCUAACGUUCUAAUGUAUGUGUAUGUAUCAUACGAGUAUAUAAUAUAAAUAUCGUUCCGUGCUAUUUCAUUUAAGCGAGUAUACAUAAAAGUGUAUGCGUCUAUGUGUGUUGUGUGAAUGAAUGAAUGAAUGAAUGAAUGAAUGAAUGAACGAGUGCAUUUAUGUAUAUAUGUGUAUAACGUGUACGAAUGUGUAUAUGUAAAACGAAAGAAGAAGAUUAGGA